AUGGGGCUUGCCUCUUCCAAGUCUCGCACCAGCGCCAUCGAAUUUAACCCUAAUCAAAAAUCCAAAAUUCCCGAAUAUCCUCACCUCAAGCUAUCCAAUUUUCCGAGAGAUGACGAUGGCGAAACCAUUGAUCUGGGCGAUGGCCGUAAAAUGGGGUAUAAAGAGUAUCAAUUCCAACACAUCAUUCAGAACCAUGACUCGAUUUCCGAACAAAGAGAAUUUAUCAUUCUCUUGAUACCUGGGAUACCUGGCUCAAGACUUUUCUGUCAUCCUCAAGUUUUAGAAUCCAACCCCGAAUCCACCGAAAAUAUCAUCGAUACCCUCACCAUAACAAUUCGUCUAUUCGUAUUGGAAAGACCUGGAGUUGGAUUAUCGACAUUUGCUAAACGAACUUUUUUAGAUUUCACUGAUGACAUACGAGAAUUCUGUAUUCAGAAAAAUAUCAAGAAAUGUUCAUUGAUUGCAUAUUCAGCGGGUGGUCCUUAUGGAUUAGCAGCUGCUUAUGCAUUAGGUAAACCAACAAAUGUUAUAAAGGGAGACGAAAACAUGGAUUCGCUGAUCAAAAAAUGUGCAAUCAUCAGCUCGAUUGCUCCACGUGACGCCCCCAAUCUGACACGGUCAAUGCCUUUGAAAUUUAAACUCGCUUGGUGGUUGGCCAAAAACGGUCACAGCAUAUUAUCGAUGAUCGCGAGGUACGAAGCAAAAUCGGCGUGUAAGAACCCCAUAAGAGCAG